CUUUCCCAUAAUGCAUUGCAAUGCCAACGUAGGCAUAUCUGCCAUUGCCUAGCUAGUUUUCAACAUGGCCACCGGUGUUUGACAUCAGCUAGCAUUCGUAGUUCUUCUCAAUGGAUUUAAUUUGAGCUGACACAUAUUUUCCAUACAUUUUAACUCCACAUCUUUAGCAAAAAGUCAUAUCGAACUAAGCAAGCCAGACGCUUUCUACAUUAUCCGGCCUGUGUCAGUCAAAAUGGCAAGCCCAAGGACUAGAAGAGUUUUGAAGGAAGUGAGAACUCAGGAGGAAAACAACCUUUGCUUUGAGUGUGGGGGCUUCAACCCUCAGUGGGUUAGUGUUACCUAUGGGAUCUGGAUUUGUCUGGAGUGUUCUGGCAAACACAGAGGCUUGGGAGUGCACCUUAGCUUUGUGCGCUCUGUUACCAUGGACAAGUGGAAGGACAUUGAGCUGGAGAAGAUGAAGGCGGGAGGGAACGGAAAGUUCCGUAUGUUUCUGGAACUCCAAGAUGAUUAUGAUGCCACUUGGACCAUGCAGGACAAAUAUAACAGCAGAGCUGCUGCACUUUUCAGAGACAAGGUUGCAACCAUUGCAGAAGGGAAGGAGUGGUCUAUUGAAACUUCCUCUGCCAAGGACUGGACUCCACCUCAGCCCAAGACAGGACUUUCGUCGUCUCAUCGCUCAGGGGGCCUGGGUCAGAACUCGGGCAAACCUUCAGACAAGGCCUUUGAGGACUGGUUGAGUGACGAUGUGAACUCUUAUCAGAGCGGUGGCAGUUAUAGUGGGAAUCAGGAAAACCGCUAUGUUGGCUUUGGGAAUACGCCGACUCCAGAGAAGGAGGAUGAUGUCCUGAACAACGCGCUCUCUUCCAUUUAUUCGGGCUGGAGCAAUUUCACCAUCGGAGCUAGCAAAAUUGCUGCAGUUGCCAAGGAUAAUACUGCAAAACUUGCAACUUCAGCAACCCUAAAGUUAAGGGGCUAUAAGCCGCCCCCAGAGCCGGCCACAGAGUUAGGACAGACAUUAAAUGAGAAUGUUAUCAAACCUACCCACGAAAAGGUAAAAGAUGGCAAGUUGCUAGAUGAAAUGUCCGUCAGCAUUGCUGGGCUGGCAUCCAAGGUCCAGGGCGCUGGUGCAAAAGGCUGGAAAGACAUGAGCAACUUCUUUGCUGGAAAGCCAGAGGACGGGUCAGAAGGAGAGAGCUACCAAAACAUGGACGCCACUGAGGGUUACCAGGGCAACUCCUCAGGCCCAGAACCAGGCCAGGCCCCUGCGCAGGACUUCUGGGAGACCUUUGGGAGCACCAGCUCCUCCAAGCCCAAGAAGUCUCCAAGCAGCGACAGUUGGACCAACGUCGACAACUCUGCCACAGAGAAGAAGAGCUCUGACAGCUGGGACAACUGGGGCUCGGAGGUAGCAACCAACAACAAACACAGCACUGGAGACAGCUGGGAGGCCUGGGACAACAACUGGGACAACAGUGGCAGAGAGACCAAAGGCAAGAAGAGCCCCGCUGCUGCCCCUGACAAACCUGCUGAGGAAACCUGGGACAAUGCAGACUGGUAGAGGCCUCUCACUCCCUCACCUGCACUAUUUCUCCCUUUUUCUCUAUCCCUCCUUGCCUUUUUUUCCUUCACCGCCUUCUUUCCUUCCUUUUUCUGGCACUUUUACAGUUGCACAGUCCUGUCUCUAACCUGGGCUGCGCUCGAUGCCAGUUUUGUGUUAUUCCUCAAUAAGAAUCAAUUGAAAGUAAAUUGAGCUCCAUGCAUAUGGAGUAUACCUGAAUAUUCACAAACUUUAAAGCGGUUUAGUGUUUUAUUUUUGCUGGAUGUGUGUAAAUAAAGUGACCUUUAAUUGCAGGAGUUCAAAAAUCAAAGUGAGAGCAGGGGAAUAAUCAUAUGUAAUAUUUAAAGUUGUUUCCAUAUUAGAAGGCAAGGUGCAAUCUUGGUUUUAUGACUCUAUAGCAGGGCUAUUCAACUAUAUUCUUACAAGGGCCAGAUGUAAAGAAAUAAAGGUUAAUUGCAGGGGGGCUGGAUAUGUCCCAUGUGAUUAUUCUAAGGAGACACCAAUAAAGACAUUUUUGUCCAAUUUAAAUGUUGCCAAAAGUAAUUAGAAAAGAAGUGGAAGGUGCCCAACCAAAGUGAGUCGAGGUGCAACCACUUUUUCUUUAUAUAAUUGAUAAAGAAAAGGUGCAAUGCUUGCUCACCGUUUAUUUAUUUAAACCACUAUUAAAAGCUUCUUAAAAGUAAUUAGGCCAUUAGAAAAUCACCAAACUAAGCAUUACAAUAAAAACCAUUCAAAUAAGUAAAUGCCAAGUAUUCUUUUGAAUUAAUUACCCUCAGUCAUUAGGUGCAUGUUUUUGGCAAUCUUUUCUAACGAGUCCCUGUGAGCCGUCAGCGAGGGAAACAGAAGUCAUGUACGUGUUUGUAGCUUUCAGGAAUGGGGUCAUAAUAUUUUGGAGCUUAAACCGUUCAAACACUAGAGACAUUCAUAUGAACAAAAAAUGAUCAACAUGCCACCUAGGUGCUAAAUAUGCCCAAAACUACACAUUAGACAACCACAAUGCUGCUUGUCAUUUUGGCUGGGAUUUUUUUGCAGAUCUUUUAUAAAUAUUCAGAAUUGAUCAAAGGGCCAGUCUAAUUCAAUAAAUGGGCCGGAUCUGGCCGAUGGGCCGCCAGUUUGAAUAGCCCUGCUCUAUAUUCAGGCGUUCAAGUCAUUCUAACUAAAGAUGGCAGCAGUCACCUACUGAACCAGAGUGUCUAGAGUGAGAGGAGCUCACUGGUUGGCCCAUGAGAAACAGGGAUUUCCACUUUGUUGCUGCAUAAUGAAGUUGACAAGGAACUUGACUCUAGUGUGUUUGUCAUGUAAAGCCAGCAUCCCUGGAUUGUACCCCAACAGUGCUGUCGGUGUUGACCAAAACUUAGACAAAACGUUCUGUUUUGUCAAUUUAUGACAGCAACUAACCUUGGUAGGAUGUAGUUGCUGGUAAAUGUAGUUGCUGGAUUCAUAUGAUGCAAGUACAUUAUUUGAACAAUAUUUUUUUAUCUUAUACAUUCUCAGCCCUCUUUUCAUUGAAACCCUAAGAGAAGACUGAGUCAGUACUACUUGGUUAUUUUGAUGAUGAACAGGUGUUGAAGUACAUUUUGGUAUAUAGGCCAUCGUAAAUAAAAAAUUGUUUUUAACUGACUUGCCUAGUUAAGUAAAGGUUAAAUAAAGAAAAAUAUAUACAACCCUGUCUAAAGAGGUUGAUGGUAUAAAAAUACUAUUCCACCAUCCAAUCGGUGGUUGUUGAUUGUAUUAAUCUCAUCUGCUAACUGUAAUAUGAAUGAGCAUGUGUUCAUUUAAUGUACAGUAUGUAUGUUAAUCUGUAACAUGAUUGUGUGUUGAACUGGGCACAUUUGUUUUUGGGGUGACUUAUGCUUAAUUGCAUGUAUGUAAUACUGCCAAACCUGUGGGACCACCACAGCAACCUUCUGUGACCUCUAAACUUCAUUGUAGUGGGAUCUAGUCUAUGUUGUGUCUGUCCUCUUAACACCUAAAAGUCAACACUUUCUUAGUGUGCUGAGCUUUUCAGUCUCAGUGGUAAGUGUUGCAUCUGAAUUUGUUGAUCUCCAAGUAUGCACGUUUAUGAACUCAAAUGUUGAAUCAAACGACGGUCAAAGAACACAUCUCAGGCCAUUCAUGUAAUAAUCUUUAAAGGAAAGUUUGAUAUAAAAUUCAGAUUUGUGCAGUGAAUUUCUGACACGCAUUCACUUCUCAAGGAGUGAUGUUGAAUACUGCUGAUUUGAAAGCGAGCUAUUUGCUGGACUUGUAAAAUGAGCCACAUGUUUUACAUGGAAGUGCAGAAUAAGGUGGUUCCAGAGAUUCACUCCAAAAUCAGCCAUGUAGGCUUGGCUAGGCCUAAUCAUGGCCUUGUUUGAGUUAUGCAUGUUUUGAGUGACUACCAAGGUCACUUUUAACAGAUGAAUUAGUUGUUUUGCAGUCUCCCUCAAUUUGGAACCCUCAAUUUCACCCCUGUAUGUGUGAGGAGAGUGAGGCGUUACUUAGAUAAUUAUUCUACUCCUGAGAAAGAUGACGAGGCUACUAUUUCUUAGUUGCACCAGAUUGUUGGCAUUUCCUUCCCCUGGCUGUUUUUUUUGGUGGAACCACAGUUUAUGGGCUGAUGCGGCAUGACAUGCAUUGUCUUGUGUGAAAGAGAACUGCUUCUGCUAAAAGGGCAACAAAGACCAUCUGUUAAGAGUUGCAUGUUUUCUGAACAAAAAAAUCAUAAUGACUGGAGAUGUAAACUAGGAUAACUGUGCAAUGUUUGUGUAGUAGUGCAUCUUCUGUAAUAGUGCUCCAUCUCCCCUGCCCUCUAUUUUAAUGUUACCAGCCUUAAAGAGCUGACCUCAGUCUAUUGAUAAACCAUUGUCAGUUUGGUUUGAAGAGUGUGUGUUCUCCCUUAUUAGCUGGACAGCAUGUCUGAUAAAAUAUUAAAGUAAAACGAGGUGCUGCUGUUUAGUUUGCCUCCAUAUUUCUUAUG